CCAUGAGCUGGGUGGAUGGAUAACCCCUUUCCUCCCCAGCGCCCCUCUUCUCCUCCCACGGAGAGGUCACCUUCAGCCCGGGGCGGUGUGCCCCUGGACCAGAGGCUGAAGAAGGGGCGGAGCGUCACGCUCAGCCCUGUAACGCCUGGCAGCCCCUCCGGCUGCUCGGCACAGCCUGGUCCCAGCCCAGAGGCAGCGGAGGGGGAGGCGAGGCUGCCCACGGCUGUCUGCCCUGCACUGCUGGAGAAGGCUUUGGUGUUUCUGCAGAGCUCAGCAAUGGCUGAGAACUCAGCUGUGGCAGUGGCACCGACAGCAGCACCAACCAUGCUAGAGGAGCUCCUGGAGAUCACAGCUCAGAGCCUGGUGCGCACUGAGGUGGCUGAGCACUAUGAGGUUAUUCGGGAGCUGGGCAGGGGCAAGUAUGGCCAUGUGAUGCUAGUGACCCACAGGCAGAGAGGAACUCCUAUGGCUCUCAAGCUGCUGCCCAAAGCCAGUACCAAGCUGCACACCUUCCUGUAUGAGUACUGUGUGGCACUCUCCCUUGCCACCCACCCUGCUAUCAUUGGCAUGUUUGGAAUUGCAAUCGAAUCCAGUCAAUACUAUGGUUUCCUCUAUGAACCAGCAAUGCACAAAGACCUCAUAUCUAUCAUCAAACCCAGGGAUGGGAUCCCUGAACCAGCUGCCAAGCACUGUGCCAAGCAGCUUGUGAGUGCUCUGGAGUUCAUCCACAGCCGGGGGCUUGUGUAUCGUGAUGUCAAGCCUGAGAAUGUGCUGCUUUUUGACCCUGAGUGCCGGCGCAUCAAACUGACUGAUUUUGGGCUUACACGGCCCAAGGGUACCAAGCUCAAACUGGUGGCUGGGGUAAUCCCCUACACCGCCCCUGAACUAAGCAACACCACUGAUGCCCAGGGGGUGCCCAUAGAUGCCAGCAUGGAUGCCUGGGCCUUUGGUGUGCUGUUGUUCUGCUUGCUGACUGGCUAUUUCCCUUGGGAGCAAAGCCUGCCCAAUGACCCCUUCUUUGAGGAUUUCAUGCUGUGGCAGGAAACGGGCCUGGAAGAGAACCUGCCUCGCCACUGGAAGCGCCUGACAGCUGAGGCUGCUCUCAUGUUGAGGAGCCUGCUGGCACUGGAUCCUGCCAAGCGUGGUCCUGUUGGCGGGGCUCUGCGCUAUGUCGACUGCCCUUGGCGUCAAGAUGAGGGGCACGGUGAGAAGGCUGCUGUGAAGCCCUAGAGCCUGCUCCCCACAGGGGAGGGAAGUCAGGUCUCACCCUGCAAGGAGCUUUGAGGCUGAGGGCAUCAUAGUAGGCCUCCAGCAGUAUGGCUGUGAGGUGCCAUGGUAACCCAGAGAUCAACUUCUCCACAACACUAUCCCUACCAUCAUGGAACAAAGCUCCUUUCCCAAGAUGGUCCUCACUCUGGGCUCAGCAUUGCCCAUUGCCACCUCCUCGUGCUUCCUUGGGACUUGAAAACGUCUCCUUUCUCUCACAGAUGACAGUUCAUGUGUGAAGCACCAACUUGUAUCCUGGCCACUGGCCACUCCAAGGUAGUUUCUAGGGAUACAACACCUGCCUUACCCUUGAAAUAGAGCAGAUAUCUACUUCUUUGUUUCCAUGUGUGGCUCUUCUUCUCUUGUAAUAAAAUGUCUGUAGGGGGUCUGUUUGCUGUGGGAGAGCAUAGGUAUGACAAUGCCAGUGGCCAUCUAAGGACAACCUGCCAGAGGCAGGCGCCGUCUGACUCCACCAGGGCCCUUGAGGGGUGGCUUCAGGUGUGUGAGGUGGAGGUGGUGGGAGCCCUCAGCAUAUCACUGCAUAUGAUAUCUGAGGACUGAUGAUGAUGCUGAGAAGAUGGUGGGAGCCACUGUGGCAGGGUGUUCAAGUACUGGCUGAAGGACUAUUAGUAGCAAGUAGACAUAGAAGGAUGUUCACAAGGUGCUGCAAGGAAGUGAGCAGAGGAAAAGGGUGGAUAGGUGCUAGGCGUGAGUGAGGACUGUAACACUACAGAUCUGCACCUUGUCUCUAUCAUGCAUUCUUGCAUUAACUGUUCGGGGAUUUUCCUGUCAACAGAGUUGGACAUACAUUUUAUCUCUAAUGUGUUUCUUUGCUGACUACUCUUCUCACUGUCUCUGAAGACAUUUGUUAAUUCUACAGUGGUUGCAACUGCUUGGUAUUCUCUUUUCUACUUUAUUUUCUUCUUGUAAGGUUUCUUAAUACCAAACACAUAGGUUGCUCUGUAGGAUUUUCUCUCUGAAAGACCUCCCUUGUGAACAGGAGAGAGAUACAAGGAACCACAAGCCAUGUCUUUAUGUAUUUCUUCUCAUUUCCUUCCACUGAGGAGCAGGUGACAGUGGGUUGUUAACAGCUGGAGUCACAGUUUUAGUUCACUAGUCUCCUCCUCUAGUUCCUUUUAUUCAGGAAAACAUCCUUUUGUAAACAUUGUCAUCCUUGAUGAAGCAUGAUUCACCCCUCUCCCUCCAUGAGUGGCCUAAGUGCAAUUGGAAAGGGAAGCUCACUGCCAUGAACAUCUUGAUUUGUGAUUCAACUGAGAAAACAGUAGUGCUAUGAGGAUGGCUGGUCUGGGUUUCACUGGGGAAGGAUAACAGAGGAGCUGUAGCAGGGCAUAUUAAUGUAUCCAUACGAACAAUCCUGAAGAUACCUCCCAACUGUUUUCACUGCUGCCUUGCUCUCAAUCCUAACCCUCCUUCACUUGGAUCUCUCCCUCCUCACAAAGUCAGACCCCCUCUGUACCAGCAUCUGCUACCGCUUCAUCUUUCCUCCCGUCCUGAGUCCUUCAGACCCAAGGAACAACUUCCAAUGCCAGCCCAAGAAUACCUCCCUUGUUUGGCUUUCAGGUCCUAAGACAACAUCAUCUAUGAUCUUUUGAUGCCCACCUUUCCCUCAAGAAGACUUUCCUUCUCCCAUUUCUUAUAAUCUCUUCAAUCACUCCCCAUCCCCAACAACACCCCUCUCCUAAUCUCCGAAUGUCUUUGUAGGUAUACAUUUUAAUCUUGGAAAAAGACAGCAAGAAGAGAAUUAGGAGUUAGAAGCUCUUCUUAGUUUCCUAUCUCUUUCCCCAGGCAAUUGCUGCUGGUAAUCCUUUCCAGCUCAAGUCACAGUGCUGUUGUAGGAAAUGUCUUCACCUCAGUUUUCAUCUUCAGUGAUUAUAUAACUUCUAAAGAUGUGUUACCUAGCAUCCUACCCUUUCUAAGACUAAGGGAUCUACAGGCCAGGUAGCUGAUGCCUAUCCAGUAUAAAAACAAUGCAAAAUCUAAUAGAGGUGCUUAUUGAUAGAGAAUUAAAGAUCAGGAACAUCAUUUUGUGGACUGCAACCCUUGAUGUUCUACCUGAAUAUCUUGUUUGAUUAAGUCGUGAUUGAUAAAGUAAAUCCAUAGCCUUAUGGUACAAAAUUUUGUGAGGCAUGACUUACUGAUAUAAAUAAAAUUGUAGUACAUUGUAUUGGUUAAAACAAUACAUUAUGCAAAGUCAAUAAAGUAUUUUAAGAGAA